CGCGCGACGCCGUAGUGGCCCUGCUUCGGUGGCUCGGCUCCCGGGCGAACAUGGCGGCCUCCGGAUCAGUGCCGGCUGUGAAUCCGGCCCCCGCGGAGAGCGAGGAGGAGACGAUUCUCUAUGACCUGUUGAUCAACACCGAGUGGCCCUCGGAGACAGAAGUACAGUCUAGAGGCAACCGAAAACAUGGUGCAUCCUUUAUCGUCACAAAAGCGAUUAGAGAUCGUUUAUUAUUUUUACGCCAAUACAUCUGGUACAGCCCUGUGCCUUUUUUGCUCCCUGAUGGACUGGUUCGCUUGGUUAAUAAACAGAUAAACUGGCAUUUGGUACUUGCAAGCAAUGGAAAACUUUUGGCUGCUGUUCAAGAUCAGUGUGUGGAGAUCAGGUCUGCAAAAGAUGAUUUUACAUCUAUUAUUGGGAAAUGUCAAGUUCCAAAAGACCCGAAACCCCAGUGGAGACGUGUAGCAUGGAGUUAUGAUUGUACCCUGCUGGCCUAUGCUGAAAGUACAGGAACCGUGAGGGUGUUUGAUCUCAUGGGAAGUGAACUCUUUGUUAUUACCCCAGCAUCCAGUUUAGCCGGUGAUUUGAGCUAUGCCAUUGCUGGGUUGAUAUUUUUAGAAUAUAAAGCCAGCGUACAGUGGUCUGCAGAACUCCUGGUCAUCAAUUACCGAGGAGAACUGAAAAGUUACCUUGUAAGUGUUGGAACAAAUCAGAGCUAUCAAGAGAGUCACUGUUUCAGCUUCAGUAGUCAUUAUCCUCAUGGAAUCAGCACAGCUAUUUACCAUCCUGGUCACAGACUUUUGCUGGUUGGUGGAUGUGAAACUGCUGAAGUGGGCAUAUCAAAAGCUUCUCGCUAUGGCCUGUCUGCCUGGAGAGUUCUUUCGGGAUCGCCUUAUUAUAAGCAGGUUACUAAUGGUGGAGACCGGGUCACUGCAGUACCAAAGACAUUGGGAUUAUUAAGGAUGUUAAGUGUCAAGUUUUAUAGUCGCCCGGGACAACAACAGGAUGGCAUCUUUAAGAUGAGCCUUUCUCCAGAUGGGACCCUCCUUGCUGCCAUUCACUUCUCAGGGAAACUAAGCAUCUGGGCCAUUCCAUCUCUGAAGCAGCAAGGGGAAUGGAUUCAAAAUGAGCAGCCAGGCUAUGACGAGCUUAAUCCUGAUUGGAGACUCUCUAUUGAGAAGAGAAAAAAAAUCAAAGAUAAAGAGUCCUUUUACCCAUUGAUAGAUGUAAAUUGGUGGGCAGCCAACGCAGUGACUCUGGCUCGUUGCUCGGGUGCUUUGACUGUUUCAUCAGUGAAAACUUUGAAGAAUUUACUGGGAAAAUCCUGUGAGUGGUUUGAACCGUCACCUCAAGUCACUGCUACCCAUGAUGGAGGAUUUUUAAGUUUGGAGUGUGAGAUUAAACUUACCCCCAAACGAUCUCGUUUGGAGACUCGGGGUGGAGAUGAAGAAGAAGGGGAAGAGGAUUCUGAUUCUGAUCAGGAGGUGUCUGCCAAGGCUCGCUACUUUGGCUACAUAAAACAGGGCCUAUAUCUGGUGACGGAAAUGGAGCGAUUCGCACCCCCACGGAAACGCCCGCGAGCCAUUACUAAAAACUACCGCCUCGUGAGUUUGCGCUCCACGACUCCGGAGGAGCUUUAUCAGAGAAAGAUUGAAAGUGAAGAGUAUGAGGAAGCCUUGUCUCUAGCUCAGACCUAUGGUCUGGAUACGGAUCUAGUGUAUCAGCGGCAGUGGAGGAAGUCCGCCGUCAACAUUGCUUCAAUCCAGAAUUACUUGAGCAAAAUAAAGAAACGAUCCUGGGUUCUUCAUGAGUGUUUGGAAAGAGUUCCUGAAAAUGUGGAUGCUGCGAAGGAACUGCUUCAGUAUGGAUUGAAAGGCACAGACCUGGAGGCUCUGGUAGCAAUAGGGAAAGGAACACACGAUGGCAGAUUCACAUUACCUGGUGAAGUCGACAUUGACAGUAUCCCCUAUGAGGAGCUUUCACCACCCGAUGAAGAGCCUGCCGAGAAUAAAAAGGAGAAGAAGAUCAAGAAGAGACGGGAACUGCUUAAAUUAGUGAACUUUGCAAAGUUAACACUGGAACAAAAGGAACUUUGCCGUUGUAGACUGAAAUUAUUAACCUACUUAGAUCGUCUUGCAACAUAUGAGGAAAUCCUAGGAGUGCCUCAUGCAUCUGAACAGAGAUACGAUGCUGAAUUCUUUAAGAAGUUCAGAAAUCAGAAUAUUGUUCUCUCAGCAAGAACUUAUGCUCGGGAAAGUAACGUACAAGCCCUAGAAAUACUGCUCACUUAUCAUGGAUCAGAUCUGCUUCCUCAUCAUCUUGCAAUUCUCUCCAACUUCCCAGAGACCACUUCUCCACAUGAAUAUUCUGUUUUGCUGCCUGAAGCUUGUUAUAAUGGUGACUCCUUGGUGCUCAUUCCUUGGCAUGAACACAAACACCGAGAUAAAGAUUGGUGCGAGGAGCUGGAGUGCAGAGCGGUGGUCGAGCCGAGUCUCCAAGAUGAAAGCGAGUUCUUAUACGCCGCCCAGCCCGGGUUACUGAGGUACAGGACAUCGGAGCUUACAGUAGAGAAGGUUAUGGACUGGUAUCAGACCAGAGCACAGGAAAUAGAGCAUUAUGCCCGACAGGUCGACUGCGCGUUGUCACUCAUUCGACUUGGAAUGGAGCGGAACAUUCCCGGUUUGCUGGCUCUUUGUGAUAAUUUGGUUACUCUGGAAGCUUUGGUUUAUGAAGCCGGGUGUGAUUUAACCCUAACCUUGAAAGAACUCCAGCAGAUGAAAGACAUUGAAAAACUAAGACUACUGAUGAAUAGUUGUUCUGAGGACAAAUAUGUGACAAGUGCCUACCAGUGGAUGGUUCCCUUUCUUCAUCGUUGUGAGAAACAGUCUCCUGGUGUGGCUAAUGAGCUAUUAAAGGAAUAUUUAGUAACGUUAGCUAAAGGGGACUUAAAAUUUCCCCUGAAGAUCUUUCAGCAUUCCAAACCAGAUCUGCAGCAAAAAAUUAUUCCUGAUCAGGACCACCUGAUGGCAGUAGCUCUGGGGUGCAUCUACAACUGUGAACGAAAUGACCAGCUAUCUCUUUGCUAUGACAUUUUAGAAUGUCUUCCACAAAGAGGAUACAGUCAUAAAACAGAGGUAACAAAUGCUCUUCAUGACAUGGUAGACCAACUGGAACAAAUUCUCAGCGUGUCGGAGCUCUUGGAGAAACAUGGACUUGAGAAACCAGUUUCGUUUGUUAAGAACACUCAGUCUAGCUCAGAAGAGGCACGCAAGCUGAUGGUUAGGUUGACCAGGCACACUGGUCGGAAGCAGCCUCCUGUCAGUGAGUCUCAUUGGAGAAUGUUGCUGCAAGACAUGUUAACUAUGCAGCAGAAUGUUUACACCUGUCUGGAUUCUGAUGCUUGCUAUGAGAUAUUUACAGAAAGCCUUUUGUGUUCCAGUCGCCUUGAAAAUAUCCACUUAGCUGGGCAGAUGAUGCACUGCAGCGCCUGUUCAAUAAACCCACCAGCUAGUGUAGCCCAUAAAGGGAAAACCCAGUACAGGGUCAGUUAUGAAAGAAGUAUUGACUUGGUUUUGGCUGCCAGCAGAGAGUACUUUAAUUCAUCUACCAACCUCACUGAUAGCUGCAUGGAUCUGGCCAGGUGCUGCUUACAGCUGAUAACUGAUAGACCGGCUGCCAUUCAGGAGGAGCUAGAUCUUAUCCAAGCCCUUGGAUGUCUUGAAGAAUUUGGGGUAAAGAUCCUGCCUUUGCAAGUGCGAUUGUGCUCUGAUCGGAUCAGCCUCAUCAAGGAGUGUAUCUGCCAGUCCCCCACAUGCUACAAACAGUCCGCCAAACUUCUGGGCCUUGCCGAGUUGCUGAGAGUAGCAGGUGAAGACCCGGAAGAAAGGCGUGGACAGGUUCUGAUCCUUUUAGUAGAGCAAGCACUUCGUUUCCACGACUACAAAGCAGCCAGUGUGCAUUGUCAGGAGCUGAUGGCCACAGGUUAUUCUAAGAGUUGGGAUGUUUGUAGCCAGUUGGGACAAUCAGAAAGUUACCAGGACUUGGCCACUCGUCAGGAGCUCAUGGCUUUUGCUUUGACACACUGCCCUCCUAGCAGCAUCGAACUACUCUUGGCAGCUAGCAGCUCACUGCAGACGGAAAUUCUUUAUCAAAAAGUGAAUUUCCAGAUCCAUCCAGAAGGAGGGGAGAGUAUCAGUGUCUCACCAUUAAUUAGUAAAGUGCAACAAGAGGGUGAAGUCGGUGUUCCUGGCAGCAACUCCGACCUCUUCGGCUGGAGCACCGCUGCGACCAGGAAGGUCCUGUCCAGCACCACGAUCACCACCAAGGCCGUGCUGCAGGCGGUCAGUGACGGGCAGUGGUGGAAGAAGUCCUUAACUUACCUCCGACCGCUUCACGGGCAAGAAUUCGGUGGUGCUUAUCAAAUUGGAACCAUAGCCAAUGAAGGUCUAGAAAAACAAGGCUGUCAUCCUUUUUAUGAAUCUGUCCUCUCCGAUCCCUUUGUCAUAGAGUCUGCAGUGACCUAUGACCCCCACCAGCAUGUUCCAGUGGAAAGCUUUGCAGAGGUAUUGCUAAGAACUGGGAAGCUGGCUGAGACCAAAACUGAAGGGGAAGAGGUAUUUCCAACAACAGAAGUUCUCUUGCGGCUGGCAAGCGAUGCUUUACCGAAUGACAUGACCUUGGCUCUUGCUUAUCUCCUUGCCUUACCACAGGUGUUAGAUGCUAACAGGUGCUUUGAAAAGCAGGCCCACUCUGCUUUAUCUCUCCAGCUGGCAGCCUAUUACUACAGCCUCCAGAUCUAUGCCCGCUUGGCUCCAUGUUUUAGGGACAAGUGCCAUCCUCUUUACAGGGCUGAUCCCAAAGGGCUAAUCAAGAUGGUCACCAGGCAUGUGACUCGAUACGGACAUGAAGCCUGGCCAGAGGACCUGGUCUCACUGACCAAGCAGUUGCACUACUACAACGAACGUCUCUUGGAUUUCACUCAGGCUCAGAUCCUUCAGGGCCUUCGGAAGGGUGUGGAUGUGCAGCGUUUUACUGCCGACGACCAGUACAAAAGGGAAACUAUCCUUGGUUUAGCAGAAACACUCGAGGAGAGCGUCUACAGCGUCGCUCUUUCUCUGGCGCAGCGUUACAGUGUCUCCCGUUGGGAGGUUCUUAUGACCCAUUUGGAGUUCCUGUUCACCGACAGCGGUUUGUCCACAGUAGAAAUUGAAAAUCGAGCCCAAGCCCUUCAUCUCUUUGAGACUUUGAGGACUGAUCCAGAAGCCUUUCACAAGCACAUGGUCAAGUAUAUUUACCCCACGAUUGGUGGCUUUGAUCACGAAAGGUUGCUGUAUUAUUUCUCUCUCCUGGAAAGCUGCGGCUGUGCGGAUUUGGGGAAAUGUGCCAUUAAACCAGAAACCCACAUUCGGCUGCUGAAGAAAUUUAAGGUAGUUGCUUCAGGUCUUAAUUACAAAAAGCUGACAGAUGAAAACAUGAAUCCUCUGGAAGCACUGGAGCCCAUUCUUUCAAGUCAAAAUAUCUUAUCUAUUUCCAAACUUGUUCCCAAAAUCCCUGCAAAGGAUGGGCGGAUGCUUUCCUCGAGCUCUCUGUACACCAUCUGGUUACAGAAGUUGUUCUGGACCGGAGACCCUCACCUCAUUAAACACGUCCCAGAGUCCUCCCCAGAGUGGCUCCACGCCUAUGAAGUCUGCAUGAAGUACUUUGAUCGCCUCCCCCCGGGCGACCUCAUCACUGUGGUGGAUGCAAUUACGUUUUCUGCAAAAGCUGUGACCAAGGAAGAAGUUGCUGCAGCUGAGGUUGAAGAGGUUGCUGCCUGUGUUCUCCUCAAGGAUUUUGAUGGAUUCCUGUCUCACAUUGAGGUCUUUCAACCAUUUUGAGUCUGUUUUUGUGUGUGGUGUAAGGAAAUGGUGCAGUUUCAUUCUUCUGCAUGUGGCUGUCCAGUUUUCCCAAAACCAUUUGUUGAAGAGACUAUCUUUUUUCCAUUGAACAUUCCUUCCUUUGUCAAGAUUAGUUGAUCAUAGAGUUGAGGGUCCAUUUCUGGGCUCUCUAUUUUGUUCCAUUGAUCUAUAUGUCUGUUUUUGUGCAAGUACCAUACUGUCUUGAUGAUGACAUCUUUGUAAUAGAGCUUGAAGUCUGGAAUUGUGAUGCCGCCAGCUUUGGUUUAAUUAUUUUUUAAGUAGGCUCCAUGCCCAGCAUGGAGCCCAAUGUGGGGCUUGAACUCAUGACCCUGAGAUAAAGACCUGAGUUGACAUCAAGAGUUGGACCCUUAACCAGCUGAGCCACCUAGGUGCCCCGAAACUUGUAUUUCCUAAUCUCACCUUAUAGUCUUUCAGUGACAGACCUGUUUUUAUAAAGUAAAGAGUGAAAAGCUUAAGUGUCCAAUGAAGCAAAAUGCCCAGUCCUUAUAUCUUCUAUCAUAAUAUCAUUCUGCCUCUAUACAGGCCCAGCUCCCUCAGGAAAAUUAAUUUAGGGUUGCAUUUGUUUACACUCUAUAUUCUUAGUAACUCUUGGGUUAUUUAGUUAUUCUGAAAGAUUAUUAAACAUAAGGGGUGGGGGGACCUUUUCCAACAACACUGGUGAUGAGGUCCAGUAAUUUAAGCUCCCAGAAAAUUCACUUGCCCCUAGUGGCCAUUCUGUGGCCGUUCCAUAGCAGGUUCUAGGAAAGCACAGACAUCACUGUGAGGCCUAGACUCAGUAUUGCUGGGCAGUUAGAGUUUCCAUGUAUACAAGCCAGUAGAUGAUGCACUUGUUGGAAUAGAAGAUCUGCUGAUGGACUAGCCAGUCUGAAGAAACAGAUGAGUCCAGGAUGACUUGUGUGUGUCUUGGUAUUAAAACGGGUAGGAAUGUGCCUUGCAAAGAAGAGAGGAUAGAGCAUUUUGCUGAGACAAGAUACCUAGUGACCCCAGGGAAUGAUGAAAAAUUUAUGUGUAUGGAGCUUGGAAUGGGGGCUACAAUUAUAUUUGAGACUAGAGGUUAGCUUGGAGCCAGCUUGUGAAAGUCCUGAACUACCAUACCAAGGAAUUUUCCGAGCUUAUGAAAAGGUUUUUCUAGAAGGGAUUAUGUGGCAAAUUGAUUAGGAAGAUAAAAAAAACUAACUGGUAGAAGAUGGCCUGUGUAUUGUAUCAGUUGGUCAAAUUACAAUUCAGCUUAUUUUAUAUAUUAUCUCAUUUAAAUUCUCAGAAGGACAUUGCAUACUAGAUGAGAUUUUUCACAUUUCACACAGAAGAAACAAAGGCUUGAAGCAUGUUGUCAAGUUGUCUAGUCACCCAGUAGUGAACAUUAAGCACAGGUUAUCUGAGGUGAGUGCUCUUCCUACUUACCUAGCUAUUCCAGGGAUGGUUGACAAUGGCACGUUAAAACUUGGACAACCAAGACCGCAUCUGGAUCUGUCCCAGGGUAUGGAGACCAGCUGUUUCUCCCAGGACGCUGCUCCCUGCACGUGUGAAUUGCCCGCCCUGUCCCUACUCUCUUGCUGGUCCGUGGUUGAAAUUCUUCCAUGGCCCUCAAUAGGCUAGGAGGGAAUAGACAUUUGGCCAGCUGGUAUAUCCACAUAUUCCCCAAACCUGUCUUUCUUGGGGAGACAAAUAUGAGUGAACAGAAAGGAAGGGUUCACUCUGCCAUAUUCUUAUUUGUCUUUGCUUCUGUGGAGCACCCAGCCAUCAUGCACCCAUCACCGCUCUGUCAGAGCCUGUGAGGAAGUAGCCCCGGCAAAGUGGAAGCUGUGUGAUGUGCGGGGAAAGGGCAGCACCAGCUCCAUAACAAGGCACCUGGACGCUGGCUUUUAGUCUCGUCUCUUACUUGAGGAACCCCAGCAUAUCUCACAACCUCCCUGGGGCUCAGUCUUUCCAUCCACAUGAUGGGCGAACUAAGGAGGGCUCUGAACUACACGAGGUCUAUUAUCUUCUAUUUCUCCACCACAGAAAAGAGUUCACAGUGCAUGCAAGUGAAGAGAAUAAUGUAACUACUUGCCUGUCAGCUGGGGGCUUCUGAUUUUGUUGUGUGUCAUGAGUGCUUGGAGGUGGCAGUCUGGCCCCAAAGCUUACUUGAAGCUGCAUCUGCAAAGCACACCCUUAGUUAAAAUUCAGUGGAAAUAGUACUUCCUAAAGCUACCGUUUACCCACAUGAACAUGGGAUGAAGAAGAUGUCAGCCAUCUGCAUUACACAACAUGAGUUCUGUGUAGAGUGACUUGGAGGGAGCUGGUGGGAAAUGGGAGGUUGGGAGGGGUUGGCCUCCGAGUCACUGAUGGUCACUGAUGCCAUGUUUUGAUGCCUGUGGUACUUUUCAGGAUAACCAGAGACACACGGUAACUGAUUUUAAGAAAUAAUAGUAAAGAUAAGAUUUUGCCCUAGGACUCUGUUCUUAUUUUAUUUAUUUCUUUAAAUUAACACAACGCCCUUUUAGGGCUAUAGUAAAAAUGUGCUUGAGUAGUUGACAUGAGGCUAAAUCUAGGAUCCAAAGCGGCACAAAUCAGUGGGGCCUGAAAAGGCCCAACGUGGCUGACCGAUGUGCGGUGCCUCCGUCAGGAUGGGUUAUGUUCAGACUUCAGGCCAAGUAAGCUGAAUAUUUUUAAUAAUAGAAAAAUAUGAUUCCUGCGUGCCUAACAAAAUGACUCUCACAUAUCAGAAUUCAAUAAAUACUUGGUAAGUACAGAAGUGAAUAUGACAUUAUUAUAGAAAAUUUGGAAAGUUGAGAACAAAAUUGCUCAUAAUCCCAACAUGUUAACGUCAGUAGUCACUAAUAUUUGUGUGUGUGUGGGUGUAUUUGUGUUCAGCCAUACACACAGGAUUAGUUUGGAUUUUAAUAUGAGCACAAUGUAGACAGUUUUGAUUUCUGAUGCCUAAAAUUUAAAGUUUUAUGAUAAGCACUUUGCAAAUUGCUAUACUGUUUUUAUAAUUUCUAAUUUUAAUGAUGGCAUAAUGUUCUAUCUAAUAAUUUAUCAUAAGUUAGUUACCAUUUGUUUUAUAUCAGGCAAUUAGAUUGCUUUUGAGGUUUUAUUUUAUAGUCUUAUUCCAGUUAAAAUCUUCAUGCCAAUACUGUUUUCUUCUUUUUAAUCAUUUCCUUAUAGUAAAUUAUCAAAACUGGUAAUUGUGGUUGUAGAAAUGAUUCCUCCUUUUUUCACUGUAACCAGGACUCUGUCUGAAUGCUAGUUUCAUCAUAUACUGCCUACUUUUGCAUAUUGGAUUAAAAAAAUCUAUAUUUACUAGUUUAAUAGUGCAUAUGGUCCCUCAUGUUGUUGUUUUCCUCACGGAAGAAAAGCUGAUAUAACAAAAGCCUAUUCACUGGUUAAAGUUGUAUGCCAACAUUUCACUUUGGUUCUCUCUGCCUCACUAGUCCCUUGUUAAAUAUGCUGUCUCUGGUAACGUGGGGCUGGCUUGUCUCACUGUUCAAUCCCUUUUUGUGUUGAAGCUGUCUGUGGAAGCACGUAAA